GGAGGGGGUGGUCGUGGUGCUGCUGCCGCUGCUGCUGCCGGCGGGGGGAGGCGGGCGUGCCGCACAGAUACCGCGCAGCCCCUCGGUGCUCGUGUCCCUGUCCCCCGUCAGGGCUGCCGGGGCCCCCCCGCCCGGCCCCGCUCCCCCGCCGCUCCCCCGCGGGAUGCGGGCUCGGCCCGCCCCGCCAGCCCUGCCCCCCGCAGCAUGAGCGCGGCGAGCGACACGUACCACCUCAUAAAAGACAUAAAACCCGGACUGAAAAACUUAAAUGUCGUCUUUAUUGUGCUGGAGAUCGGGCGAGUCACCAAGACGAAGGACGGGCACGAGGUGAGGUCCUGCAAGGUGGCGGACAAGACGGGCAGCAUCACCAUCUCCGUCUGGGACGAGAUCGGCGGCCUCAUCCAGCCGGGGGACAUCAUCCGCCUGACCAAAGGGUAUGCAUCUCUCUGGAAAGGAUGCCUGACACUUUACACAGGACGAGGUGGCGAGCUGCACAAAAUUGGGGAGUUCUGCAUGGUAUACUCAGAAGUGCCAAACUUCAGUGAGCCCAACUCAGAACAUAUCGGGCAGAACAAGCUGGCACAGGGUGAACAGAAUAAUAGUUCUGCAUCAAGUAAUAUGGGUUCUUGUACUUUUGGGCCACUGGGAAAUGGUUUACAAACUGGACCUGAAUCUGGAUUUCCAUUUACAUAUAAUCAUGGCCCCACUUACACAGGUAGUGGGAGAGGCAAUGGGCGAGGACCUGUAAAUCCAGCACCAGCUAAUAGUGUUCAGCCUCAUCUCCCUGCUGUCAGUAAUGGGAGGGACCCACGCAGAGCCUUUAAAAGAUGACUAUGCCAAAUGUGGUUGUACAGCUUGCUUAAAGUCCACACUCUACUUGAACACUUAUUGCACUUUUAUUUAUAGUUAACUGUGAACCAGUUUGUCCUUUAUUGUUGGUUUGGUUUUUUUUUUACCUUCUUGUCUAUGGAGCAAACUUGAUGUGAUCUAUUUCUUGUUUUGCUUAGGGAAGCACAGUGAGUCUUUCCCAUAAAUUAAGGGGGUAGGGGGAGAAGGUAAGGGUAACAGGUUGAAGAGUCUCAAUUAAAACUCAGUAGCCUUUGAUAAAUGGAAACAAAUUUUAGUUACAUGUAUGUAUUUUUCUGUAUCUGUUGGUCAGCCAUAUAGCCUUAAAAGGUCUGUUAUGUCCUGUGUGCCCAUACAUUGACUUCCAUUAGGGUUAAUGGGAGUUCCUUGUUAUUGGAAGAUAAAUGAAUGGGAAGAGCAAAGAUGCUCUUGUAAACUAGGUGUCCUUGGAAUGACCUUAGCUUGUAAAAGCAGUAAGUAUAAGGAAAUGGUGGUGUCAGCACAUAGUGAUGUCUCCUGAAUCAGAGAAUGGAUAACCUGGAUGAAAGAUGAAGGCAUGGUGAGUGUCUUGAAGCUUGUCUUCUGAUUCCAGAAGGGUGUACACUACGUACAAAUUCUCCCUAAACACCGUUAUUGCUGACAAGGAAAGUGACACUCAUUUUUGCUGUGGAUAGAAACUUGGAUAUCCUUUCUUGCUUUGUAUGAAGUACCAGGAGGGGGAGGCUCUUAAGUUCAGAUAGUAUUGGGGAGUAUGAUGUUAGUAAGCCACUCCUUGUGUUCAAGGCCAGGAUUACUUUGUAGGAGUCUGAAUUUCCAGGAAAGAACUGUUUUCAAAUGCUGCAUUACCCACUCUUCAGUGAGGCUGCCUACUUCUCCUUCCUUCAUUCACUUUUCCAAAGGAAUUAUGUGUUAGAUGAAGCUGUAUGUGUGGAUUGCAGAGGUACUGGCCAAACACACAGCUGCACUUCUGAUGCUGUUUAGCUGCUAAGCUUUCCUUCCUCAGUUUUAUAUGAAAUACAAAUUAUCCUGUAAAGAACUUAACCCCAUCAUCCCCAUCUGGGGAAAAAUAACUGUGGUUUUAUUUCUGAGAUCACAAAUGCCUUGACUCUAGGUAAGAGUCCAGUGCUGUAUUUCAGAUCAGGCUCAAAAAUGACUUGGAAGCUGAGGUGUCAUACUGGAUUUAUCUGUUUAACUCUUCUUAUAGCUGACCUCUCAAAUAAAAAAUUGCACUAACCGUUUCAAAAACAAAUCUUAACUUUCUGUCAAGCCAUAAAGAUUUCAUGACAAAAGGCUGUUUCUGGAUUGUGAGUUGUCUGUUGUUCAUGUUAAUUGAAUCUAUUACUAUGUCACUAAUGUUUACAAGUUACAUUUGGUACUUCUGCUUUUGGUACUCUGUCAUCAUGAUUUGUUGAAAAUUGCUUCUAGUUGGCAAAAGUUCCUUGCUUAGUCUGAAAUACUGCUUUCUUUUUAAUGCAAGCAUCAGCAACAACAACAAGCUUCUGAAGGGAGGUCUAGAGAGAUUGUGCCCAGACACCUGCAGGCUGUUUACCUCUGGUCUUGGAAAGUGCUCUUCUGAUUCCUGCUUCCAGGUAGAACUAGUGAAACUUGUCUUGGACACAAGAGGGUGGCAUGCCUCAUGAGAUCACCCAUGGGUGCUGUUACAGAAGCACAGUGCCAAGUGGUGAACCAGAAAGCAUGCUGUGGCUUCUGGGGAAAUGGAGUAAGGAGGUGAUAUGUAACUCAGGGACUUUAAAUUGCUUACUUAUUUAUAUAAAUCCUGUAUAGUCUAGAUGCAUGAACCACCUCUUAUGCAGUGUUGCAUUAAGACAUUUGUUAUGCUUGUGAGAAGGAAGCCAAGAGGACUUCUAAACCUGUGAUGUAUAUGUUACGUGUUCCAGAGGUAAAUGAAAUGUAAGUAUGGUAUGAGAGCUCUGCCUUCCAGUAGUAGCUGUAAAGGUAGCGAGUGGACAGUGCAAGUUACAGCAUGCUGGGGACUUCAUACUUACUGGGGUAUCUCCACCAUUAAUCUCAGAUCCUGGUGCUCUUGGCUUCUCUACAGCAUAAAGAAGAUUGAAACUGAGGGGAACCCUGUGCUAGUGUGUGCUGAGGUACCUGAUGUUUGUAGCUCUAUACAUUUGAGCUUUUGUUAAGCUAAUAAUAAACAGAAUGCUUGUUCACAAACUCCAAAUGAAAAGUGAGAUGGUUACUGCUGCUAAGUGGCAUAAGAUUAAAAAUUUGCUUUCAAGUGGAUGAUUGGGAGGAAAAAAAGGAAGAGGCUGGUCUUCAUGUUCUCAAGGUUAGUAGCAUUCCUGCCUCCCUGUUUCUUAUGUGAAACUUUAAGCUUAUUAAUAAUUUUUCACUUCUUUGCAGGGGAAAUCUGUGCCCUGAAAAAUCGCAUGGACCUAAAGUAAAUAUAAUCAGGAAUUUUUCAAGGUCUUCUGAUCUUCCAGUGAACCUAAGACAAAGUUAUUUCCCUCUGAGGUAUCAAUGUCAAGAUAGUGCAUUCUCAGCUUGCAGAGGAAUGUGGGAGCCUACAUGACAUCUGUUUGGAUCAUACCACCUUGGUGUACAGACACAGGGACAGAGGAACUGUUGAAGAAAACCAUUAAAAGCAGGACUCCUCAGCAGAGCAGGGAGCCAUUCCUGGGCUCUCCCAGGGGUGAGCAGGCAGGAGAGGGCUCAGAAAUUGUACUUUGGGCUGACAACAGCACUUAGGACUUCAAAUACCACUCUGGGACAGAGUGAAACCUCUGAACUACUGCAAAGUUGGACUGUGCAUUUGAUGUGGAGAUCUUGGGGGAGACAACGGCUGACCUCUGCCUGCUGACUGCCCUGGAGGCACAAAGCUUCAUGGGGAUUCCCAUUCAAGGGUUACAAACAAAGUUGAAUAUCCCAACAUUGAGCCUGAAUUUGCAGUAAAAAGUUGUUGGAGUCUACAGCAGCAGUGGCACAGAAGGAAACCUUCACCUCUGCAGAUUCAGUCAUGGCCCUGCCAUCUUGCUUGCAGCACUCCAGAUGAGAAAAUGAGCCCUCUGACCACAGGGUGCCCUCCAGAGCCAGCUGCCCGGGUCUCACCAUGUUCUAGGAAGCCUUGGCAGCAACUCUGCUCCCUGCCCAAAGGCUGGACCUGCUCUCCUCAUGGGGCUGGGGCAGUACAGGGAUCCCACUGCUCAGUGAAAAUCCAAGCUUCAAAAUAACUACCCAACGUUUUGAAGAUGGGUGGACAAAGCAACAGAAAGGGAUCCUGCAGAUCCAGCAUAGCCAGGUUUGCUCUGGCACUGGUGCAGUAGUGUACCUGUCCAAAGGCUUCUCUCUUCACCCCUUCGCCUCCUGACAUUCCCAGGAAAUGUGUGUGACCAGGCAGCAGAGCAGCUCAGAAGGCUUCUUCACCCCUUUGUAGGACAGUACAAUGAAGACAGGGAACACAGGCAUGAGGACAAUGUCUCCUCAUCACUCUGACUGAGCAGCUGGGACUGCAGGGCAAUGUUAGAUCAACUUUCUCCUGCGAAACUGGAGGUGUCACAUGUGAGAGGAGUGAGGAAGAGCUUCCAAAUGCAUAGCUGCUGCAUGUCAGGGUGUCUUACUCACUGGAGGUGGAAGGUGGGGAGAUGAGAGGGCAGCAUGAACACAGAUAAAGUAAAGCUUUCUUAAGAAAUACUUCUUUAAAACACUGUAAAUGGAUUUGUGGUUAACUGGUAUUUCAUUUAAAAUGGCUGAAAUCCAAGCAGCUUAGAUCAGUUUCUGCUGCAAGCAUCUGCUAUUGGCUGUACAUCCUUCUGGCAAAAUCCCUGAGACGUGUUCUUACGGUGUGUUGAGGAUGAAAUCUGGGAAAAGCUGUGUUCAGGAAGCCAGCUACCAAAGCCCAUUCUGACUACCAUUUUGUCUUCUGACCUGAAGUAGCUGGUGCAAAAGAAAACAAGCUGGUUCUGCUUUGCCUCGUGCUUUCCCGUGAUCUUAGAGACUGAAACCUGCUCCUCCGGUGGCAUAAGGCUUAUGGGACAGCUGCUUGGGUUGUUUCUUCGUCAGAGUGUUCCCUUUCCCCACCGACUGGGUUGUUUCUUUCAUCGUACAGUUUCUGGCUAGAAACUUCUGGAGGCAUCCCAUACUCUUCAUCAUCUUCAACGAUGGACAGCUCGAUGUUGUUGUUCGUCAUGGAGCUCCCUUCCCUUCUGGCUUCCUUCUCUAGAGAAUCUGCUACUGCUUUGCCCUCCUCGGUCAGCGAAGUGCUUCAGCAGGGCUUUCUCCUUCACGGGCUUUCUUCACGUUGAAGGUGAGGGGAGAAAUUUUGAAAGCUGAACUCUUGGAAGAGGAGGAUUUCUGAUGAUGUACGCAAUCUGGCAGCAGGAUGGCUUCAGUGCUGCAGCUUCUCUUUCCUGCAAUUGUUUUUCCAUGGAUUCCUGCUCAGGCCAGGACAGAAAUACAGCCAGCCUUCUGCUUUUCUUCUUUACAAUCAUCCUAGUGAGGCGGUGGCCCCACUGACUACCAGGUCAUCCCACCUCCAGCUUGUAAGGAGACCUCAAGGGAGUUUUCACAGAGGUGGACAUGCAGGCUUGUGUUCCUGAUCUGCAUCAGCUUGGGAUCGGUUGAGUUCAUCUCCCCUCUGCCAUGGCAACAUAUUUUCCAUUGAGAGAUGGGAACUCGGUCACCUAAAUCCUUGCAAAAGCAAUGAAGAACAGACCUCCUGCCCAAAGGUCACCACUAGUGUGCCAAUGUUAAGGCAGUAGAAGAAGAAGGACUGAAAAACGAACCCCCAAACAAGAUUCAACAUAUAUUGGGCCAGACAGCAGGUCUGCUCCUUCUGCAGCUUCAGUGAGGUUCAAGAGGACCAGGCAGACAGAGCAGAGCAUUGUGUCACUUUUCCACCUGAAUCCUCUCUACGUCGUUUGCUGUAUCUGUGUUUGUGAGAAUCCUGCAUCCAUCAGAGCUCUCCAUCUUGAGAUAUAAGAGGUUCAUUAAAACAUGUGGGAAUUUCCAAACACAGAGGGAGGAGAGGUCACACCAUCAGCAGUGCAAAGCAAACUGAUGUCCCUUGACACUUUCUUUGUGGAGGAUGAUGGGCAUCUACAAAGGCUUUUCAGAGGCUGAUUUUAAGAGCAUUUUGAAGAACUCUCUCCUUUGGUUACAAAGAGAAACUGCCCAGGGUCAGGCACUCCAGUUGCUGCUGCCAGAGAGAGAGUUGCCCAGCACAGACUUCACUCUGCCCUGUAUGCUGCUGUCCUGUGGUCCAAAAGAAGCAUGUGUCCAGUGAAAAAAGUAGCAUGUGAUCCUGGAAUUGAGAGGCUGCACAACGAGGCAGACACAGGUCUGUGAAGCAUCUACAAAGUGGACGUGGGGCUGUCUUUCCGAGGGGCUAAGCAUCCACAAUCCCUGUUAAGUCUCCAUGGAAAUGCUCCACGCUCGGGUCAUUAGCGAGCAGCUACUUUACUCACGGGUGUCUGCACCGCACUACGUUCCUCACGUGGCUGCUUGGCUUAGUGUGGAAAACAACUGCACUGGAAAGCCCCAAAUCUUAUUUUCCUUUGGAUGCUGCCAAAAGCAAAAACCUCUUCUGCCUCAGGACCUCACGGAGCUUCAGCAAGGGCACCUUCCCACUAUUCACCUGCAGCACUGUUGGCUAUGGGGACUGCUACAAAGUGUUUCCCACUAAUGGAAAAUUUCUGGCUUCCUCCCAUGGGAAGGCAGCUUCUGACAGAGGGUAUGGAGAAGUUUAGCCCUAGUGGAGGCUGUAGGAAGUCCUAAGCAGCUGAGAGCCAAGGGCGUUCCAUCAGGAACUGCUGGACAAACAGAACCACAGCAGGGUGACCAAGACCCUCUAAAAAUGCUCACACUUUUUGCAUUUGUGGUACCAGUAGGAAAAUGGUGCGCUACAGCCAACCAACCAGCAAUAAAAUCACUCCCUCAUCCAGGGUGACCUAGUUAACAUUUUGCACAGGAGGAGGAAGCAGCUGUUCCUAAUUCAGCCAUUCAUUUAUCCUCUUUUGUCGUCUGAAGUCCGGUAUGAGUUUUUUUCCCUUUUGGCCCUCCACGUGGGCAGUUACAGAAGAGAGACUAAACACCUUCUUGGAGUGGCAUGACAGAAAGCCCACACACAAAAAAGCCCCUUGCCUUGGGUCAACUUGUUUUUCUCUUAGAGGGAGGCUUUCAGCAGCACCUUGUGAAACCUUAUGGGGUAUGCACCAGGGAGCGCCCACCCUCCCCGUGCAGCGAGAGCUCAAAGCACUUACCUUCAGCUCUGCAUCAAAUAACUCAGAGCAAAAUAGAGUGAAAUAAGGAUUUACUGACCCCUUAAAAUAAAGAAGGCCAUUUUUCUUUCCCCCUGUUGGCUGGGAGUGAUGCUAUGGCUUUGUGAAGCCAACUGAAAGGCUAAACAAGAGCGUAAGGACUUAGGAAGCAUUUCAAAACGCUGAAAUACAAUUAUAUAAGUGUCUUACAAAAUGUGGGUCAGACUGUCCCGACUUGCCUCACUUUCAAACCAACAGGACCACCCCCUCAUGAGAAACUGUAUGGCUGUGUGCUAUAUAUUGCCUUGUUCCUGUCUUGGAAGCAGCAAAGUAGGCUGUUAUCACUAAUCCGUGAAAAAUAAGCCUGUGUCUCCAGUGCUCUGGGUGGUCACGGCAGAGCUUUCAUUAUGAAGCUAACGCAGCCUUCAGCCAGUCUGUGAUUUCAUCAUUCACGGCGUGUUCCUCAAAUUGCAAUCAAACUUUUGGAGUGAGUCAGGGAGCUGCUGCAAGCAGGCACGGGGCUGAUUCCCUGAGUCACACAUCAUGUGUGUGCUGACAGCUGCCCAGCCCCAACCGUCCCCAGGUGGCUUCUCCUGCCCGUUCAGCUGGAGAUGGCCCAGCAGGACCUUGCAGUGCUCCACGGGAGGCAGCACUGACACCUCGAUGUGUGACAGACAGCACUGCUAAGCCCUGCUGCAGCAGCCAGCAGCCUCAUGGGCCGACCAAGUGACCAGGGGUUCCUCCCCAGUCCCAGGGCAUGGGGAUUUACAGCAGAAGGCACAGCCCUGCUACAUCUUAGCGUUCAGCCACAUGAAGCAGGAUUGGAGAACCAGGCGUGGGAAGCCACAGUGGGCACAACUGGACCAGUUUUGUAAGAAAGGUGGAGAUACCAGGUGGCUGGGGGAUGACCAGGAUGGUCAGUGAACUCAGGGGAUGCAGCUGUACAUUCCCAGAAGGGUGGCUACUGACUGCUCCAGCUGGAAGCAAGGAGAUGAGCAUCUCACAGGCACUUUCCCAAAACUGACACUGACAGCAUCUCUACAGUCACUUAGUCCAAGGUCAGGAGAUAUUGAUUCAAAUGAAGAGAUUACUCCCAUUAAGAUGAUGAAAAAGCAUCUUUUAACCAAAAAUGCCUAUCAUUUAAUUGCAAAAUAUGCUCCACUCCCAAUCAAUGGAAGCCUGGGAAGGCCCCAAGGCCAAGUACUGACACCAGGACUGCUUAAAUGCAAUGCUGUUGCAUUUGCAGGUAGGUUGUGUCUGAAGUGCAUCUGGGUUUCCCUAAGAGGGGCGUUGGCAUUUAACCAGCUUUUCAGACUUAAUUAUCUGCUAAAAUUGAGUGACAGCUUUUCCUUGGUCCUUAACUCUUUAAUCAAAAGUUCUUUGUAGUGCUCUGUGUGGGGAAUGCUUUUCUUUAUGAACACAGCAGUUUUAUCAAUGUAAACUAGGUACUGGAGCACAGGCUGCCUGCCUUCCUUCCAUUGAAGCUCGCACACAAGCUUGAGUUACUCACAAUGUGAUUCAUAGCAGGUAGAACACAUUAUGCAUUCAUUUUUAAUCAAGUUAUUUCUUCACGUAAAUAAGACUGCUGUGACUAAACAUUAGGGAAGCACUAAAAAUGCAAAGCUGUAAAGAAAACUGCUGAGAAUCAUUAUGACACUGGGUUGUACCUAUAUUAUUUACCAUCCUCCUUCACUUUUAUCAUCGUUUUUCUUUUGCCUCUGAGCUAAAUGUCCUUGGGCACAGGGAUCUCGCUGCUCUACCUCCUUCUCUCUGGCACCCUACUCCUCCUCCCCAGCAACUUAUUCCUGGUGCUGGCACUAGCAAUGAGUAGCCAAGCAGCCAAACCUCAUCAAGGAAUUGAGCUGCUUAAAAACAAAUAAUCCAUUUUAUUGGCUGAGUUCACAGCUGAAUCCAUCCCCUGACCAGGUUUGUGGUGUGGCUACACAAAUGCUAAUGGUGGCACAAGAGCACUGGCAGAAACAGGUGCCCAGGAGACAAGGGCAGGGCAGAAGGGACAAGGGCAGGCUGCCCCUGUCAGCAGCACAGUUCAUUUAUUCAGAAUGAAGUAUCUAUGCCAAAACAACAACCCUAAAAGUGUGCAGGAACAGCUCCGAGCAAAUGGACCUCCAGCAGUGGAGGACACCCCAUAGGUCUGCACCACUGUACAGGUGGGAUUUUAAGAGCAGCCACAGCAGCAAUAGGUAAAACAUUUUCAAUGACAUUCUUGGUGGCUCAAAUGCAGAGUGUGCACACAGUGCACCAAACUCAUCUGAUAAAUUAGGUGAAGCUGUGCUGAAGUGAGCAGCAAAGAAUUUGGCCACCGUGGCCUCUGAGAGACUGAAGUUUCCCUCCUUUCCCCCAGGAAUCUGGUAGGGUGGUUUUUACACUUUGAAGAGUUCAGGGUGUGGAGUUCACACCAGUACAGUCAGGUUCUCCAAAGCAGGUAACUCAGUUACUUAAGCACGUACUGCCACAAUGCUCUCGUGUCAUGUGGAUUCUUCUCUUAGGCCACUUAAGAGCACACUUUUGCAAAUGUAUCUGGGCUCAUUAUGCUGGGAUGAGCAGUAAUUACAUGCAUGAUGGGAAAAAGUCAAAAGAUCAGAAAUUAUCUUGGUUACAAAGUGUGUGGGGAAAGGUACCAUCUAUGUAUGAAAAGAGUGUGAUGGAUAAUUUGCAUAUAGCACCAGACCACUCAGAGCAUGCUGCCUUCAUUCCUCAAUGGAAAGGACUCUGCCUUUCUGCCUCAGGGUGACAAAGCUGGAGUCACCUGACAUUCUGAUACAAAGUAAUCGUUACAUUAUCAGUUACUGCACCAUCUUUUCCUUACUCUGCACCACAUUUUUGGUUGGUUGAAUUCUGUCAAGAGCACCACAAUAUAAUCUCUUGCUUCAUUCAGCAUUUACUGUUGAGUUGAUGGACUCAGCUUGGCCAAAAAAGUAGCUUCAUUUCAUUAGAUGGUUUUGGUUUAUGCCUUUAGGCCACAGAAGGACUUAGAAUUUGUUGGGUGUUUUUGGUGAUUUUUUUUUUUUUAAUAUCUUUUCUAGAAGCAAAUGCUACACUUGUCUUCCAGCCAGGUAGUGCAACACGGGACUGAGAUACAUUACAGAUUUUAUUUUCUACAGAGGUGUAAUACCAGGCUUUUGUUUUCUUGUCUUUUUAAAAUAAAUCUAUUUCUAAAAGAGA